ACCAGCUGACGGGGAUUUAAAUUUUGUUUGACAACAAUUCAACAGUCGACGCGAUUCGCGUUUCGUUUAUCAGUUAAAAAUCAAAAUCCUCGCGGAUAUUCCAUCCCGCCGGAUAAUGAGUUACCCACUCUCAGUGCCUCACGGAUCAACCACCAAAAGUUCACCUAAACCGGUCAAAAGCAAGAUUCGCCUCAAAAAGGACGACAUCCGCCAGUGCAGGCUUUGUUUGCGAAUGCUUCCGGGUAAGGACUUCUCCCCUUGGAACAACGACGAAUCCGAAGUGGCGGAUUUCCGGCGUCGAAUCUGUGACGCCGUCGGAGUGCGGAUCAACGAUGACGACCGCAUCCAAGCCGUGUGCAGCAGCUGUUCGCUUCUGGUGGACAUGGUCAACAGCUUCAGGGAAUCGUGCCUCAAGGCGGACAUCAUCCACCAGUCGAAGCAGCUGGUGAUGCAUCCCUGCCCCUCCUGUACCAGUGAGGACAGCAAGGGAAUACUGGAAGACUGCCACAGGCUGGUGAAACGCAGCUGGGACGAGAUGGACGGGAUGUUCAAAGUGUUCGAAUGCAAGAACAGGGAAACUGAACGACGAUUGGAAGGGAAAGCCAUCAGGAAUGUUCCACCGGUGAUAAAUUCGUUGCCGGGUGCACUUUUUGACGGUGAUGACGACGAAGUGUUGGACGAGACGCUACUGGAAUCGAUUCCGUUUACACAUCCAUCGCACAGUGGUUCAAAGGCGGCCAAAACCGCAAAAAUCGAAAUUACUUUCUCUGAACGAUCGAACCACUGUGAGUCGUUUCCCUCACCGAAACCUCGUUCGGAGGUGCCCGUACAGAAAAAGGCCAUUUGUGAUGUUUGCGGGAAAUUUACGGAAUCACAUCUGAUGGAGCAACAUCGGAACAAGCACCUCGGGAUUCGGCCUUACGUUUGCACCCAGGAAGGCUGCGGCAAGGGAUAUUUCAGUCGCCGGGUAUUGGCCGCCCAUAUACGAGUGGUGCAUUUGGACGACCCGCUAGAGUGCCCCGUUUGUCAGCGUAAGCUGAAGGGAAAGGCGCUGCUCAGGCGGCACAUGCUGGUCCACAACGAGGGCCAGCAGAAGAAUCCCCGAAAGUCGGCCUGUCAGGUUUGCGGGAAAAUGUUCUACAAGUUUUACCUGAAGGACCACAUGGCCGUUCACACGGGGAUACUGGCCUAUCCCUGUGGUAUCUGUGAUCGACGCUUUGCAGCGAUGAACAACCGGCUGACGCACUGGAAAAAGGUUCACCCGGAUGUGGAGCAUAUUCUUGGGAAGACGCCCCAGGACAGUGGGACAUUAAAUGAUGAUUGAAAA